AUGUUCCCAAAUUCCUCCAACUUAGGUCGUCUACCCUUCCUGCGAAAACAUCAACAACAGAGUAAUUUCUUUACUAAACUUCCUCUAAAUAUACCACCUACUUUUCUUUCUCACCAGCAAAUUAUUGAUGCUCAGUUUAAUUUUCAGAAUGCAGUGGCUCUCUUGAGUGGGAACCUUGCAACUAUUCCAGCUGGUAGACCGCAGUCACUGACUUACGGAAAUGGCAGUCCAGUACAUUUGUCUGAUGCCCCUGCAUCAUUCCGAGGAAGAAAGAGACUAAGGGAACAAAGUAUUCCAGAGGAUGUCAAACGACAGCGAUUUCAUUCACAUCAUUGUGAAACAACUGUAGUUAACCAAGUAGUGCCUUUGCCAGAAGAACGUAGAUAUUCCUUCCCAGGAUCAAUUCAUUCUCCGCUGUUCCAUGCACAUUACGUACCAGAUUUAACUUCAUGUGUUCCUCCAUUGCAAGAUAGUUUGUUUCCACGUCCUAUAGAAACCACUCUCCCUGUGGCCAAAGAUAAGUUAAGUCAGCAGGUUUUGGCAUUGUUUCAAGCAUGUCAGCAACAGACUUGUGAUUUGAACAGAAAAGAGCUCUGCAGAACAGAACUCCAGAGAGAAAUUCAGCGAAUUUUUCCACAGAGCAGACUCUUUUUGGUUGGGUCCUCACUGAAUGGGUUUGGCACUCGUAGCAGUGAUGGUGACUUGUGCCUGGUAGUUAAAGAAGAACCAGUAAAUCAGAAGACUGAAGCAAGGCAUAUACUCAGCUUAGUCCAUAAACUCUUCAGUACUAAACUUUCAACCUACAUUGAGCGACCUCAGCUGAUUCGAGCUAAAGUGCCAAUAGUGAAGUUCAGGGAUAAAGUGAGCUGUGUGGAGUUUGACUUGAAUGUAAACAAUGUUGUAGGAAUAAGAAAUACAUUCCUUCUGAGAACCUAUGCAUACAUUGAGAAUCGAGUUCGUCCACUAGUACUUGUUGUUAAGAAAUGGGCAAGUUUUCACGACAUAAAUGAUGCCAGUCGUGGUACUUUAAGCAGCUAUAGUCUUGUAUUGAUGGUUUUGCACUAUUUACAGACCCUACCUGAUCCCAUCCUUCCAUCCCUCCAAAAAAUUUACCCAGAAUCUUUUGAUCCUACUAUGCAGUUGCAUCUCGUUCAUCAAGCACCACGUACCAUUCCUCGUUACCUCUCAAAAAAUGGAUCAAGCCUUGGAGAUUUGCUAAUAGGCUUCUUCAAAUAUUAUGCCACAGAAUUUGAUUGGAGCCAUCAAAUGAUUUCAGUUCGUGAGGCCAAAGCUAUUCCAAGACCUGAUGGUAUUGAAUGGAGAAACAAAUUUAUUUGUGUAGAAGAACCCUUUGAUGGGACAAACACUGCUAGAGCAGUACAUGAAAAACAGAAGUUUGAUACUAUCAAAGGGGAAUUUAUGAAGUCUUGGCAGAUAUUACGAGAAAAGAAAGACCUGAACCGCAUAUUACCUUUAAGAACAACCAUACAGAAAAGAUAA